CCAUAACUGCUCUUCAACGUUCUGUUCCGGCUGCUGUUCCUGGAGUGGUGUUCCUUUCGGGAGGGCAGUCUGAGGAGGACGCCACCCUUAACUUGAAUGCUAUGAAUAAGCUAGAUACGAAGAAACCAUGGGCACUAACAUUCUCAUAUGGUCGAGCUCUACAAGCAUCAUGCAUGUCGAAGUGGUCAGGAAAGGACGAGAACGUCAAAGAUGCUCAGGCGGUGUUCAUGCAGAGAGCGCAGGCGAAUUCACUGGCCGCCCUUGGCAAAUACUCUGGCGAUCCGAAUGCCGACAAGGCUGCUUCACAGUCUCUAUUUGUGGCUAAUCAUGCCUAUUGA